ACGGGCAACGCUAUUUUUGCUCAGUUCGAGUUGUGAAAGCCGGCGAGAAAGAUUGCAUCUUUCAUAUUUCGCGUCGAUUAACUGUUGUUUGUGAAUGUUACAUUUAACCAGCGAGCAGAUAUAGUUCAGCCUUAUCAUUUGGAGCACGCGUUGUGCGUUGUUUGUGUCUAAAUCGGGGGAAAAUGUCAAUCCUAGAUUGGAUUCUGGUCAUCACCGGAGCAGUGCUGGCGAUUAAUUAUCUACUGGUUCGGAGGAACUUGAAAUACCAGUCCCAAUGGCCGGGUCCAGCAGCGGUUCCGCUCAUCGGAUGCUACUAUUUGUACUUUAACAAAAAGCCAGAAGAUGUCAUGGACUUCAUAUUCACACUUAGCCGCAAAUACGGCACGAUGUUCCGCGUGUGGGUCGGCACUCGUUUGGCACUGUUCUGCACCAAUACCCCGGACACGGAAACGGUCCUCAGCAGCCAGAAGCUGAUCCGCAAGAGCGAGCUGUACAAGUUUCUGGUGCCCUGGUUGGGCAACGGGCUGCUGCUGAGCACCGAUCAGAAGUGGUUCAACAAGCGCAAGAUCAUCACUCCGGCGUUCCACUUCAAGAUUCUCGAGCAGUUCAUCGAGGUGUUCGACCGGCAGAGUGGGAUUCUGGUGCAGAAAUUGAAGCCGGAGGCCUCCGGGAAGCUGGUGAAUGUGUACCCGUAUGUGACGCUUUGCGCACUGGAUGUCAUUUGUGAGACUGCAAUGGGAACUCCGAUAAACGCCCAGACUGACGUAGAUUCAAAAUACGUUAGAGCUGUUACGGAGCUGAGUUAUCUGCUAACUACCAGAUUCGUGAAGGUAUGGCAGCGAUCGGACUUCCUCUUCAAUCUUUCGCCGGACAGGAAGCGGCAAGAUAAGGUGAUCAAGGUGCUUCAUGACUUCACGACAAACAUCAUUCAGAAGAGGAGAAAAGAACUGAUGGAUCACGGUGACAGCGGAAUUUCAGGGGAUGACAGUAUCGGUUCUAAGAAGAAGAUGGCUUUCCUAGAUGUAUUGUUGCAAGCUUCCGUUGAUGGAAAACCAUUGACGGAUAAGGAGAUUCAGGAAGAGGUUGAUACGUUCAUGUUCGAAGGCCAUGAUACCACUACUAUUGCUAUUGCAUUCACUUUACUCCUGUUGGCUCGUCACCCAGAGGUUCAAGAAAAGGUGUACAAAGAAGUUACCGAGAUCAUUGGUACUGAUUUGAGUAUCCCAGCGACCUACAGAAAUCUGCAAGACAUGAAGUACUUGGAAAUGGUGAUCAAGGAAUCGCUUCGACUGUAUCCUCCGGUGCCGAUCAUUGGCAGGAAGUUCACAGAGAAGACUACGAUUGGCGGAAACGUCAUCCCCGAAGACUCCAACUUCAAUCUAGGAAUUAUUGUGAUGCAUCGUGAUCCGAAGCUCUUUGAUGAUCCGGAAAAGUUCGAUCCGGAACGGUUCAGCCCCGAGCGAACUAUGGAACAGUCUUCACCGUAUGCGUACAUCCCAUUCAGCGCUGGACCUAGGAACUGUAUCGGACAAAAAUUUGCCAUGUUGGAACUUAAGAGUACCCUUUCCAAGGUGAUUAGAAACUAUCGGUUGACAGAAGCGGGACCAGAGCCGCAACUGAUCAUCCAACUGACCUUGAAACCAAAAGAUGGACUUAAGAUCGCUUUUGUACCACGUGCUUAACUAAGAUGUAGAUCAUCUUACAGAGGCUUACCGAAUGUGAUAUGUGUACAAUAAAACAUGUUUAUCCAA